CUAUUACUUUUAAUAGCCCUCCUAAUACCUGCUGGUAUCGGUCUUGCUGUAUGGAAGCGGAAACAAAUCAAAACAAUGAUAAAUAAGAAGCGCAAACGUACACGGUAGGCCUAUUUAGUCUAGUUAAACUAGAAUAGUAGUUGUGAUCGAGUUUAUUUUUACUUCAGAGAUCGUCCUUUAGAACCGUAAGAUGCUUAUAUCUUACAUUCAUUCUUCGACAAAACAUUGUCAAGAAUACUUUAUUAAGAAUUUCUGCACGUGCCCAACCAUACAAGAUUCAAACGAUGAAGUAAUUGUGAUCGAACAGGAGCGUCUGCUAUAAACGGAUUAUCGUCAUUUAUUUUUGUUCGAUAGGCCAAAAUCGCUAGCAGCAUAUGUAAAUCUAACAGAAGACGAUGUACAACAGAUAUACACCGAAUACGAAAAAGUAAAUAUUAUUUGUAGAACAUCUAAUCGAUCUAUCUUAUCUUAUUGAUUAGGAACUAGCUUCUAUAUCUCCAGUUGUCGAGAAUCCAGAUAAAAUUAGUGAAUAUAUGAAGUAUGAUCGAUAUGCAGACAUUCCGUCUCGUGGAAAAUGGUCUAGAACCGCAAUCAAAUUGAGUGAUCCAACCAGAGAUCAUGAUUAUAUCAACGCAAAUAUAAUCAAAGGAUAUAAUUCUGAUUCACAGUACAUUGCGUGCCAAGCUCCCUUACCAAAUACAACGGAAGAUUUUUGGUCAAUGAUUGUACAGCAUAAUGUAACUGAAAUUGUCAUGUUAACAAAAUUUGAAGAACGAUCACCGAAAGAUCCAGCUGUAUCAGUUGUAUGUAUAUAA